GUGGAGAGGAUGGGCAAUGAAGAGGCCGGGUGAAAAUUAUAUUGAUUUAAGUGUCAUAAUGUUGGUUUCUGUGUGGUUGUUGACGGUGAAAAUGAAAUUAUGGUCUCAACCUAGUGUAUCCUCAGCUCUGUUCUUUUUCUUCCAGUUAUUAUUAAUUUUGGCCAUGAAUAAUUACAAGGCUAGGAGAAAAACAAAAGAGAAUCAAACUACAAUCACAGACAAAAGUAGUUGGGAAGGUUGUACAACUAAUCAGUAGUCCAUUUUAAUCCUCCAAAGAGAGGGUUUUCUCUUUUGCUAAAUAUCUCCCGUCUCCCCUAUUCAAUGUUGGGAUGUACAAAUGUAACAGAACAAUUACGGGCACAAACAUUAAUGUUUUGCUCAACAUUGGGGCAGAGGGAAGGAGGGAAAAAAAGAGGUAAAAUUAAUUAGGAACCUUCCCAACACUUUUGACAAUGAUUGUAGGUUGAAACUUAGGUUCAACCUUUCAUUGGUUGGGUAGGUACAUGCAAUUAAAGGAUUAAUUUAUUGAUAUCAUUGACCUGCAAACCUACAUGUAUUUCAUCCUCUGUCUCUUUAUUGAUUCACUGAGGUGAAUUAAAUACCAUAAGUUAAGUUAGAGUGUGUAUAAUAUGCGAGCCAGCGAGUCAUGCGAGUCAACAUGCGAGCCAUUCGAGCCAUGCGAGUCAAUAAGGGAGCCAUGCGAGUCAGCAUAACUUUGUUUUUAACGUAAACUACAAAAAAACUAGCCUCUGUAACUAAGUAACAUAUUUAUUCCAAAGGCACGUCCUUUAAAAUUCAGCUUCAGGAAAAUUCGCCAACAUACAAAUUGAACGAGGUGAAACAAUAACAAAGGUUUGAGAAUGCAUUAAACGUCUUAAACAAAGGUUUAAAGGUUCUUCCUCGGUCACGUUUAAUGAGUCACACCAUAUGUGGUAAGUCACGUGACCAGAGUAUGAAAAAAAAAAAACACUCUUUAAAACCCAAACGUCUUGCAUCUUUCACAAUAAAAGCAAUGCCAGUGGCUUAAGAAUAUCGCAAUAAAAAAUCUGACUUGCUAACAAGUUUAACGUUCGUUCUCAAAUUCACAUUUAUCGAAAAAGCUAUGAUGUCAUUGAGGGGUAUUUUCAUACAUUUUCUUUAACAGACUUUCUUGCUUUUUUCAGAACGCUAAUUUCAUGCUACAGCUGUUAAAAAAAAGUCAAAUUGCUUAUGAUUCGCCAAAAAAUGGAUUCUCUUUCCUUUGAACUUUUGCGCUUUUUCAUUUCUAAAGCGGGAUUGGGGACUGGCACUAGUUGCGCAUGUGUAAUGUCUAUUUAGUGUUGUCUUAUCUUCAGUUUCACGGUUCCCACCAUGUCAGCGGUUUAAGACACGUGAGAAAUAGUAACAAAUAACAUAACUUACCUUAAAAAAAGAUGAAAAAGAUGAAGGCAGAUAACAAAACGAUAUUGAAAGGAGAGCAAGGAUAGCGAAAACUCGUGCCAAAUAGCCAAAAGCCGCCAAAAGCCGAAGAAAGGAAAAUAGACUGGGAACUAACAUCUGUCUCGCAUGGCUCACAUGAUGACUCGCAUGACUCGCUGGCUCGCAGUUUGUCAAGACCUAUCAGGGUGCUAAGAAAGUCAGUUUUACCGCCUGCCAUUCGUGGGAACUGUAGCUAGCAUGUACUAGCCCACAAGUCAUUUCAACUAGCCCCAAAACCCUUUUUGAUUAGCAGGAUUGAUUACAAUCCUUCUGUAGUUUAAAUUUCCCCAAGAAACAGCACUUGCUCAUCGGGCAAGUUAACAACAAAAAUCGCUAGCCCAAUUAUAGCAAAAUCCACUAGCCCCAGGCUAUCGGACACGUCUUUCUUCACACAAAACAAUAAUUAUUACUUUUAAAAACAGAUCCUGCUAAGAUCACUGCAAAAGUCACGGCUCUUGUCAUUGUGUGUAAUGAAACCAAAACUUGUCACUGUGGUAAUCAUUACAUGUAUGUUUGUUCAAUUCCACUUUAGGAAGAAAGAUUGCAAUUGAUGCUUCCAUGAGUAUUUAUCAGUUUCUUAUCGCUGUACGAUCAGAUGGAAGUCAACUUACUAAUGAGGCAGGGGAAAUCACUAGGUAAAAAAGCAUCACUAGAAUGUUUCUUAAUCUACACACUGUAUAGUAUUGAACUACAGUGUAUGUCUAGUGGCAGUGUUUUUCAAUCAUUGAUGGAACUCCAAAAAUGUUUGUUAGUUGCUUAUUUCUUAACAUCAGUUUUAGUUCACCUUUGUCAUGUUUUUGUUUUUUUCAUUAUACAGCCUUUACCAGUUAUGUGUAUAUAGCUGAACCUCCAUUGAGAGGCCACCUAUUAAGCGGCCACCCUCUCUUUAGCGGCCAGUAAUCAAAGUCUCAAAAUAAUUGUAGAAAAGAAUGUUAACUUACAUUGUAAAUCUCUAUUAAGCGGUCGCAACCAGCUUUUGACCUUCCUAAUGAGAGUUCUCCCUCUGUUGUCACCUCUAUUAAGUGGCCAUGAAGCACCUGGCUUCAUAUUAUAACAAAAUUAACGAAAAUAUAUGUACAAUGCGAGAUAGAAGGGGAUAACCAAUUGUGGACCAGUAAUGCUGCUCCCGUCGUGUAUUUGUUUCAAACUAACAUGACGUUUUUGUCAAAGAUGAUGCUAAUUUAUGACGAACCUCUAUUGAAUGUCCAAUCUCCAUUUUUUGGCUGUUUGCUAGUACCCUAAGGGUGGCUGCUUAAUAGAGUGUCAAUGGCAUAUAGGUUUAGCCGGGGCUACAAGUGAUUCCUCCAUUUAUCUACUUAUGAUAAAAGCAAUUAAUAAGACAUUUACCAGAUGGUAAAAGCAGUAAAUGGAACAUGAAGCCCCAGGAGGGGUAGGCUAAGCUAGCCUGCCCCCGUAUAUGCUCAGUUGUAUCUUUAAAGCCUUAUUCAUAAAUGAAAGCAUGCUAUUUUUAAGAUACAAACAAAAGCUUUUCAUGGCUGGAACCUUACUACAUAUAAUUUGUUGAAUGUUUGUCAUUGUGUGUUUCUUAGCAUCACGCAGAUUGGUCCCUGUUUUCAAGGCCCUAUUCAUCACUAGACUUUUAUCAUGAUAAGAUUAGGUAGCUUACAGCUGUAUGUUACAACUGUAUCUACUGGUCGAGAUUUUAGAAAGAGAAAGAAAAGUUUGCGUCCUCCAUAAAAUGUACAAUUAGGCAUUUUCAUGUCAUAGUCCAAAGAAAUGUACAAAAAUGCAUGAUACCAGUGCAAAGUUGUUUUUCUUAAUAAACCUAUUGCUUUUUCGACAUUCUAGUUGCUGUUGUUAUCGUCAUUGGUAAAGCUCCCAAAUACCAAAGACCUAAAAGAAAAAUCGGGCCAAGUUUGUGUUUUCUUUCUAUCAGGCGUGGAAUGGAACAGUUAUGUGUAAAUUUCUUAAAAUCAAAGCACAUCCUUAAAACUGUGUUUACAAGCGAAAUUCACUAUCUUUACUGGAAAAACUCCAUUGGCUGCCUCAAGGUGGACUGGUUAACAUUUCGCCAAGACAAACACAAGUUGCAUGUCUUAGAUUCCCCAUCCCCUCUCUUCCAGAAUCUACUUAAUCCCUCUCUGCCAGUCCAUGGGGGCAGGGGGGGGGAGGGGCAGUCAGUCGGUCAUAUGCUGAUGUCAUAACCAAAUGUUCUCACAUUGAUGUUAUUAAACUCCUUGUGGAUUAUUAGUCAGGUCAAAUAUGCAAUUUGUGUAUGUAGUUAUUGUUGUAAUAACUAAAAGUGAUGAAAGGAACAUACGACAUGUACAAAAAAUAAUUAUGAUUAAUUGAGUGAUAAAAAUUAUGGAUCUGUCAUUCAGUUUAUUAAUAAUUUUCAGCCUUGUUAUCAUGGUGUUUUAUUUUGCUUUGUAGCCAUUUAAUGGGUAUGUUUUAUCGCACUAUCAGGAUGGUAGAAAAUGGAAUCAAACCAGUGUAAGUACAUGUAAUUGUCUUUUUACAUUCAAUUAAUGUUGUAGUUCCUUUAGCUAGGCUUUACAAUAAAGUGUAAUAAAACAAGACAACAAACAUAUGGCGUAAAGUGGGGAACACCACUCCGCAAUCGGCGUGGUGGACGACUUCCAUAGUGUGACCAUAAAGCCUUACUUAUCUCCCCGGUGCUUACGUGUGCCAGAUCGGACAAAUUCAGGUAGGUCCGAAAGAAACAAACUUAAUACAGCCUAACACUCCACGGCACUAUGAGCUGGAACCUCCGGUCACCAUCGUGCAACUUAAUGGAACAGUGUAGGCAAAUACCGUAAAAUUCCGAAAAUAACCCCCAGGGCUUAUAUUUUUCAAAGGGCCUUUUUGAGGGGCUUAUUUUUGGACGGGCUUAUAUUCGGAGGGGCUUAUCUAUGGAGGGAAAUUUGCGUUUCAAAAUCGAUUGGGCUAACCUUCUAUUUAGAAGUAAAUUUACCAUUUUUGCUUUGUUUUUCUUUGUAUUUGAGGGCAAUUUUCCAAGUACAAGCCCCCGGGGGGCUUAUAUUUGGAGGGGCGAUUUAACGGAGGGUUUUUUGCGUUACGAGUUUGGGGGGCUUAUAUUUGGAGGGGCUUAUUUUCGGAAUUUUACUGUAUUUUGGUCUAGGAACUUUAUCUUAUCAGCACUACGAGCCAACUCUGCUGGCACGUGCUGGAAUACAAUCAAAUAUAAAAGUUUGCGUUAAAAUCAAAGCUUGGGGAAGUCGCCGUGAGACUUAAACCAAAGGCGAAAGAAAGCGGUGAGCCCAUGUUUAUUAGGAACAACAACAAAGCCUCCAAAGGGAGGGAAGGGUGGAAAUUACAAAACUUUAGGAUGGCUGAAGUAACAAACUUAGUAAUACAGCUUGGAAUGAGGCACAGGACUUUUACUAGGCCUUUUAAAGUCCGAGUGCUAUCCCAACGUAAGCCAAUGAAAAAUACCGUACUACAGAAUAGAACGCGCACCUAAAGUGCUCAACGAGAUAUGCAUGAGGAAAAUUAUUUUUACUAGCCAUACAAAACGAGCAAUACAUUAAUGAGUUGUAAAACUUUCUUUGAUGACUGGUGGAUCAGUCCUUUCUCUCUGCUUCUCCCUGCAGCGUACAGUGUGUACAUGUACAUGUUGUAUUCAUUGCAUCCUACCAUAGCUGGAACAUAUCUACAGAACACAUUAUUUUCUGAAAACCGGUCUCUUGUCAAAUUAAGGCAGGUUAAGUUAAAAAAACUAAAGUAGGUAGACACUCCCACGUUUUUCUUUCUAUUUUUUCUUCAACUUUUUACUUUUUUCAAAAUUUGAAAGUGAUUUGUCAACACAGUGCUGGAAAUAAUUUUUCUUACUUAAAAGGACAUGUGUCCUUUCAAACCUUUAUUUUGAAAGGACAUAUAUAUUCGAAUACUGGUUGGUCAUUAAUAUUAGUGUACGUAUUUACUCAAAUAAGCAGCGUGGCACUUAUUACAUUUUUCACACCUCAAAUGUGGCGCUUAUUUGAUGGCGGUGUUUAUUUGAAAGUUGGACAUGACAAAGAAUUGUUUUCACCAUGAUACUGUAAUUUUCCGUAUUGACUAACAAAAUUAACAUCUUUUGAUUUUGAUUAUAAUGGGGCUGUGACACCAAGAGCCAUGGCUAUUGUUGGCGCUUGUUACUUUCUUGUCUCAAAGGUGGUGUAAAUUGUAAAUUUGCUAAUUAUUUCAAGGUCCUUGUUAAGAUAUAAUCUGAACUCAACCGUAAGAUCAAGAUGACGACUGCCCCUGGGCCCCCAAAAUAUCACAGGGAACCCAGACUAUGCAUAACAUUACAUCUUUCCCUGUUGCUCUUAACUGAAUAACAAAUGUCGCAAAUACUGUGAGCUGAACAGCGUUAUAACAGAGCAAACUAAAUGUUAAGAAAUGCAUCUUAAGUUUGCUAACAACAUGUUCAGUGUUCAAUGCCAUUCAGAACAAUGAAAUCAUUCUCGGUAACACAGGUAUGCGGAUGACUCGACCUCUGACUCUGCAAAUAACUGGAGAUGUAGCUGAUGUUAGUUCUCUAUCAGACUCAUCUCUAGGGUCAUUAGGUAGUUGGUCUGCAACAGGGUCUCAGCUGUUGGUGUCCCCAGCUACUUCACUGGACGAUUUUUCUUGUAAUGGGGUUUCUUGUGUCUUUAGAAUAUCACUCUUGUUUCGUCUGUAAUGAUGGUCAUUCGCUCACACAAUAUGAUCUUGAUUCGCCUUUGUCAAAUUUCCCUAACAGCACUGCUGGUUUCCAGGUUCGUCUCUGUCACACCCUGAUACUAUCUCUAGGUUUUAAUGAUUCAAGGGACUUGCAGCUUCGAUCAAAAUACUUCUUCUGAACUUGCUGUUUUUCUUUCAACACUCUCCGAACUUUCACUUGGGUCGUAGGUCAUUGGCUUUAGCAAGGUAUUCUUAAAGGGAAUGACGCUUCUUGUGCAACACCCAUGAGAAACUGAGGGGGGGGAAAGCCCAACUCCAGGAAUUGGAGUAUUUCGUAACUCCAGAAUUGCUAAAUAGUUAUCUUUGUUAUCCUCAUUUUUUGAAUUGUUUUUUUGAGGAGCUUCUUGCCUGUUUGUACUGUACGUUCCAGCAAGCCAUUGCUCUGAGGAAGUCUUGAUGAUGAAGUAACAUGCUGAAAUUGAUACUGUUUGGCAAACGGUUGAAAUUUCAAGCUGCUAAAUUCAGGGCUAUUAUGUGAAUGGAGAACUUCCGGUAUUCCAUGUCUUGACAUAUGCUGUUUUAGACAGUUGAUGACAGAGGCACUUGUGCUGUCUUUGAGCUGUGUCAGUUCAAAGUACUUUGAGUAAUAACCCACAAGCACGACAAAUUUUCCUUGUGCAAGGACCAACAUGUCUACUGCUAACACCUGGCAGGGUCAAUCAGGAAAUGGAUGAGGUAGCAUGGGCUCCUUGACUUGAUAGUUCCUGUACAUAAUUAUUACAAACUCCACAACUGGCAACUUCCUCUUAAAUGGACCCACUUAUAUUAGGCCAGAACAAUUCCCUCUCUUGCUCCGCUGAAACAUUUCUCCAUCGCUAAGUGACUGCCAUGAAUUUUCUUAAGCAUUUCAUCUCACACACUACAUUUGUAUAUGGAUCGAGUGCUUUUCAUCAACCGUCCAUCACAAAUACACAGUUCAUCUCUAAAGUUCCAGAAAUCUUGUAAUUCUGGCUCCACUUCUGACCUGUUCUCAGGCCAGCCUGUUACAAUCACAGUCUUCAGUUUCGAUAACAGUGGAUCACUGUCCGUCUCUCACUUAAACUCAUCAGCCUUUUCUUUUACGAUUUGUACAAGAAAAUGGACUUCAGACUUGUCUGCCUGUGAUGUAGACUCCAACUGACUAGCACAACUUAGGGGAUCUGUAAUGUGCAAUUGAUUGCAAGGUCUGUUCUUGACUACCAGAUCGUACUGUUGUGCAUGAAGCAUCAUUUUGCUGAAUGCGCUACGAGCCAUAGACAAUGGUUUCUUGAACAACCCCUCUGGAGGUUUGAGGUCACUUUCUUCCAUAAAUGUUUUUCCAUAAAUGUAUUGGUGAAAUUUGCUGGUGCCAAAGACAAUAGCUAACAUUUCUAUGUCUAUUUGAGCAUAAUUUUGCUCGGUGCUGUUCAGUGAUCUUGAUACAUGCAGUGUAGGCUACUGGUUGGUUCUCUUGCAGCAAACAGGCACCCAGACCCUCUGAGGAGGCGUCCACAGAUACAAUGACAUCUUCAUUCACAUAGAAAUACCUAAGAAUAGGUGAUUGGAUGAAACAGAUGAUAAGCUCUUUGUACGCUUUGUGCUGUGCUUCCAUUCAGUGCCGCUCCAGAGUUAAUUUACCAUACCCAUAAAUCUUUGUGGGCUUGUUUUGUCUUGUGGAACUGGCAUAGUCAAAAUGGCCUGAAUUCUGUCUGAACUUGGUCUCAAGCUAUCAAUACUAGUCCCAAAUACAAGUAUAUGUCCCACAUAUGCAACUUCCUGCCUGUGAAACAUGCACUUUUGCUCAUUAAAUCUGAAAUCAUUCUCUUCUGCUCUCUUCAACACCUGCUUCAGAGUGUGACCAUGAUCCUCUGUAUUCUUGCCCCUCACUAGCAAAUCAUCAACAAUAACUGUCCUCAAACAUCUCAGACACGGCGCUUUGAAAAAACUCUGGGGCUGAUACCAGACCAAAUGGCGAAAGGGUGUGUUGAACAUAAUAACCCAAGUACUUUCUUCGACCAACUUAAUCUGAUAGAAUCCUGACGUAGAAUCAAUGGUUGAGAAACUUUUACCGCUGACAUACUUGCAGCUACCUCUUCCACCCUUUUCAAGGGGAAAUGUUCUCUCUUUACCGCUUUAAUCAAAUCGACAGGAUCAAGGUAGAUACAGACAUCUCCAUUUGGCUUCCCGACCACUACAAUUGGGUUGACCCACUCGGUAGGUUUUCCAACCUUGGUGAUAAUACCCAUCUCUUCCAUCCGACAUAGUUCAGCCUUGACUUUGUCUUUUAACAUGUACGGGAUCCGCCUUGGUGGGUGUACUAAUGGAGUUGCUCUUUCAUCAAUCUUCAUCUCGUAUCCACCUGGAAGUGUUCCAAUGCCUCCUAACUGAGCUGCAUAGGUACCGAGUAUUUCUGCUUUGGUCCCAUUUGUACCGCUUGAUGCCACAGUAAAUAAUCUCUGUAUUAACUGAAAGUCAGUGGUGUUUGCAGCCCUAAUAAUGGUAUGACAUCUGUGUCAAUCACCUGAAACUCAAUUACAUGACAUCUUCCUUUGUACUCAACUGCCACAUCACUCUUGCCCAAUGUUUUUAUUUCAUGACCUGAAUAGGAAACAAGUCUUUUUACUGCCACAAACAAUACCCACUUCUUUACAAAUGCUUUCUAGAAUGACAUUACACUGAGCUCCAGUGUCAAUCGUGAAUGAUACAUACUUUUCUUUUACUUUCAAAUUUAUGUACCUUUUAUUCUCUGUACAUUUGUUGUCACUUAAAGCAACAAUAACAAUUGCUUGUUCAUCACUGGCACCAUCUUGGUCCACUGCAUGAACCCCCUUUUUUUCAGCCUGGCAUACUCUUGCAAAAUGGUUAGGCCUUUGGCAAGCGUUACAAGUCUUUCCAUAUGCAGAACAACAGCCUCGUUUGUGACACAGAAUUGGCAGGAAAUCAUACCUGCUUUGCUGUCUUUCGCAUUCCCAUGCUCAUCUUUCUGACUGUUUCCUCUAUUUAAUGCGUUGUCUCUCACCAGGUGCACUGCCUUUUCUUUGUUCAAAACUUUGAGCUGCACAGAACUUAUCUCAGAUGCUUGACAAAUAACAAUUCAGCCCUCUAAGGUCAGUUCUGCUUCUCUUAGCAGUCAGGCUCUCAGCAUGUUAUCAUUUAUAUCACAAACAGUCCAAUCACUGAUCAAUCUAUCCUUCAAAUCACAGAAUCCACAUCUUGCUGCCUUGUUAUGUAAGUCAGUAACGUACGAAUCAAUCCGCUUCCCCCAUCAAGUUAAUUCCUUGAAAAGAAUGUAUGUCUUUCAAAAGUUAAGUUCUUUCUCGGAUUACAGUACCAUUCAAACCUCUCCAUUAUUUUAUCCACUUUAUUCUCAUCACCGUCACUGUCCCACUGAAACGUGUUUAAUCUUCCAAGGCUUCUGGUCCCACCACAUGUAACAGUGUCAUCGCUCAAACCUUUCCAUCUUUUCCUGCUAGGCCUGACACUGCUUUGUAAAUCUGAAAUUGCUGCUCAAAAUGCUGCCAGUUUUCCAAUAAAUUUCCUGAGUACAAGGGCAUUCAGAGGCUGUAACCUAUCCAUGUUACUGCUUUUCUUCUACCACCAUGUUAAGAUAUAAACAGAACUCAACCGUACGAUCGAGAUGGCGACUGCCCGUGGGCCCCCCAAAUAUCGCAGGCACCCAGACUAUGCAUAACAUUACAGUCCUCUUUCCAGAAGUGUCAAUUGAUAUUCGCUUACUGGUUUUUAUCAAGACUUGAAAUAUUUUGUGGAGGGAAAAUCUGUACUAGAGGGUGUAAUUUUGUACUUUUAGGUAGUAAACGUUUUUAUUUUACCUCAGAUUCUGUUCCUCAAGCUGUUACAACUGCACCAUCCAUGCAUAAUUUAUGUAAAAGGCUAAAUUUUUUGUCAUGUUAUAAAUUGACUGUAGCAGUUUGCUAAGUCGCAUCCCUGCAAAAUAAUAAUUGUUCAUUGAUAUAUGUAGAUCACCUUUUUUUCUUCAGAAGGGUAGCAAAGGCAGGCAUGUAGCUGUAAAGGUAACUUAAUUGCUCUCAUUUUAUACUACUACAUGAGAAAUUUCUGCAAUUUGAUUGGCUCAGAGCAGUGGUAUUUCAGCGUAAUUUGAAAUACCUACAUGUGAAAAUUACAAAACUGUUGUGGGUAGUAGUAUAAACAAAUAAUAGCAUGAUUUUUACGUGAUAUUUGGCAUAAAUACCACUCGUGACAUUUCAAAAUUGUCUCAAAUUUCACUCGCCUAACGGCUCGUGAAAUUAUGUAUAACAAUUUUGAAAUAUCACUCAUGGUAUUUAUGCCAAAUAAUAUCACUACAAAUCAUGCUAUUACCUAUACUAAUUUUGCAUAAUACAUGUAAUUGCAGGUAUGUUUUUGAUGGCAAGCCACCUCAUAUGAAAUCUGGAGAGGUAACUUUUCCUUCUUAGUUUAUUUUAAUGUUCUGCAGUAAAAGUGUAUUAACUGAUUAGUGCUGUCUACCUUUUACAGUGGCCUUUUAGAGCUUUUGCAACUUCAUUUGUCAGUGUUUUCAGGUUUCUCUUUUAAUAUCAAAUGACUUUACUGCAUAAGUUAAGGGGAGGCAUUCUUUCCAUGGGCAUGGCCAUUGUUGCAUAGACAAAGACAGGUUCCAAAUGGCUACAACAGGAGGAGUUAAAUAUCAGCAUACUCUUUCCACACCCCAAACGGUAUUUUGUUAGGUCCAGUGGAAUUUGUUAUUUUGUUGAUAACAUAAGUCAUUACGGGUGUACAGAUUGUAAAUGUGGAAUGGGAAUCCAGAGUACAUGUCUUUCUUGAAAACUGCAUACUGCAGUAUUCAACCACCUCUAUGGCCAAGGUUGAUUACUUUGUGUCAAAGAAUUGGCACAUGGAAUGUGGCAGGUGAAUUUGUCAAACCAAAAGGGAUCAUGUUAAAUUCAUAAUGACCGAAGGGUGUGGUCAUUACAGUCUUUGUUUUUUAAAAGUCUCAUACCCAUACUUGCAAGUAGCAACUCUGAACAUCUAUGCAACAGAACCAUUUUGCUCUAUCCUGGAUACACUUUCGUUGCUGUUUUAAUGUUGAACUUGCAAAGGCAACAUGUAUACCUAGUCUACCAUCUUUCUUCUCAACCAACACAGCUGGCAAAGCACAGGGUCUUCUGUUUUCAGCAAUUUGGCUUUUCAUCAACUCAACAGGUGCCAGUCCUUCCUGUGUGGGUCUCUGAAUGAAAUGUCAUCUGUCAACCAAAUCUUGUUUGAUUAUCAUUCCCUUUUUACAGCUGGUUUUGGCUUUUCAGGAAAUAUCUUUUUUGGGACUAUGGAUAAUUGUCAUGCUGGCUUGAACUGUGCAGCUUCCCUUCACAGGGCCUGUUUUUGAUGUGGUUGCAAAUGGGUUACUGAUUUUUCUCUCUACUUUAGUAGCAUUCUGUCAAGUGCUUUGCCAGGGUAUCUCUAAAAAGGGACUAGCUGCUGAUGGGCAGAACAAAUGGAAAAUUAGUCUGCUUUCUAAAAAUAAAAUGAUUUGACAAUAAAAGCUUGGAUAUAAGUAAGAUUUCUUGAAUUUCAGUUGUUGUGGCUCCAACAAAAUGUUACCCUUUUUCAGACUUUCUUCCUUCAAGCAGUACAAAUCUUUGAAGGGAGUCUUACUGAUCUUCAAUAUAGACAAAUUGUUUUGUUAAAUUAGAAACUUUCUUCUUCAACAGAUCAAACAUAUUUAUAAUAUGUACCCUAAGGAGAGGGGUUUUUUAUAAUUGCUUACUAGUUAAUGACAAAAAGCUAUAAACUGUCUGUGGAACUGUAUCAUAAAGAAGCUCUUAGAGUUAGCAGAAUAAUUGUUGAAGGUUGCUCACAGAUGCAGAACACCAGCUGAGUCUUCAUUCUGUCUUAAUUUUUUUUUCCAGCUGGCAAAGAGAAAAGAGAGACGUGAGGAGGCACAAAAAGGUUUGGCACAAGCAGAGGAAGCGGGUGAGUUGACUUAUCCUGCUGGUAACUCUGUUAAGCACUUACUUGGUCGUAUGAUUAGAUCACAAGAUCAUGGUCAGUGAAAUGGCCAUCAGUGGAUUUUAGUUAUUUCAUCUUGAAAGUUUAAAUAGAUAUUGUACUCUAGUUUUUGUGUUGAAACAUGCCUAGACAAAUGAAUGCAAAUGUUCAGGGUGAUAAUACAGUAUUUUUUUAGUCAAAUGCUAACAUCAGAAUUCAAUAAUUUUUUCUUCAUUUUAGGUGAUGCAGAGAGCAUGGAGAAAUUUUCUCGCAGACUUGUAUGUUAUGUCUUAUGUUGGUUUAAAAUAGAACAUGUUUGUGAAAAGUCAUUACAAUUUACAUACUAAUUAUAAUACUUUUAAUAGGUAAAAGUUACUCCUGAACAUAAUGCAGAGUGCAAGAGAUUACUGAAGCUUAUGGGAAUACCAUAUGUUGAUGUGAGUUAGGGAUGAGCUCGAUCAUAAUAUAUAGAAUUAACCAGGACUAAAGGUGAAGCUCCCUGUAAUAAAUUUAUAAUUUACUUGGCCUGGCGCACGCUACUGGUGUACACGGCUAAGAAUCUCACAUCGUUUGGCUCUUAUGAACUUAUUAAAACUCAGAUCGCAUCGAUAUUUGGCAAGAAGUUGAAGUUUAUAAACAGCUUUUCAUUGAGUAUUUUUUUCCUGGCUGUAAGACCAAAAUAAAAUUGAAAUAUGAAAAGUAUGGCUCAAAAUGGGACCAUUUUUUAACAGCUCGCGUAACAUUUACAGUCUAACCACGCAUAUUGUCGGAUUUCUCUGUUUCUGUUAAUGGUACUUUGGAAAAAUUUCUCCGAAGAGGUCAGUGACUUAUGAGUACUAACUGUAUUAAAAAUUACUGAACAUAAUGGCAAAACAACAAAGUUUAGGGCGUUUUCAGAAAGAUGUUCUGUCUACGAUCUCUGUGCAGCGCGAACGUCAAUUUAAAAGAUUGCUUUUCAUUGACUUUCUGUUGUUGUUAAGAGAAGAAAUAAUAAUUUUUGGAAUGCUCAUAAGUUAAAUUUUCCUUAUAGACUAACUGUUAAGAAUUCGGGAAACCCAUUUUUACGCUAAGAUCAAAUAUGUAAGGUUAGACAGCAUUUUUUUAACGUGAAGAUUCGUAAACCGUGCGUUGGACCGAAAAUCGGAUUCUAGAGUGUGCUUUGGCAUAAAGAUUUUGUGCCUAGAAUGUGCCUAAGAUGUGCAUAAAGUGUGCAUUUUGGUUUUGAAAAACGUGCCUAAGCCGUGCCUAAGUUGUGCCCAAACUGUGCCUAAUCUGUGCACAAGUUGUGCCAAAAUAUUGAGUCACUCGGAAAAUCGUGUCCAGCCUAUCGAGCUCCAUAGCGAACGAAAAGGGCGCACGGCAAUUAUGUCAGUUUUGAGGUUUACGAAGUCUAGAAACACGGUCUGACGACCUUUUUAUCCCCUAAUAAGAAAUAACAUGACUCAGAAUACGGUUAGAGACAGCAGGGAAAGCCCCGACAAACAGGAAAAUGGAAUCUUUAACAGGUUAGCGUAUUUAAAGUCAGUGCUCAGCAUGCAAUUACAUUGUUGAUAUUAUGCUAAUUUCAUCGAUGUUAAAAAAUUUCCAAGUAGGUUUCUUCUCCCCUUCUUAAUGGAGCGUUUAGUUGGAACGAAAUAUUUGUUUUUUUCAGGAGGGCAGAUUUGCAUUCAAAAAAAGAAUUUACUUGUGAUAUGACUUAUAAAAUGAAAACGAAAAAAUUGAUUGCACGCCGAUGAGUUUUGAUGAAAUAAAUGGCACGUCUCAUCGAUUAUUAUACGAUCAAAGCUUAAUUUGCUAACAGAGCCAGAAAACAAAAACAAACAAGCAGCUUGAAUUAUUUUACUACAGUGUAAAUCCUACUUUUUUAGUUAGAGAAAUAUUUUUAAAAACCAGCCGCAUUUUGUAUUUAAAAAUAACACGCGUUGGCAUGAAGGUUUCAAAUUACCACUCUGUACUUUUCAUGUUGUUAUGCAAAUUCAGGCCAAUUUUACCGCGAUCGCAAAAAGUAUUUUCUACGACUUUUAUUGGCUAUUUUUGUGCCUCACUUCUUUAGCUUUGUUUUUGUUAUUAUGGCUUCGACUUUCUUUCACGAUUUCUUUUAGAAACGAAAGAAAGCGAGUCUAUAAAAUUGCAUGGCAAUCGAAAAGGUUCAGACCGGCAUAUAUCGCGUGUGAAUUUCCACUUUAUCCUCGGAGUAAACACGGACUGUCGAAGAAUACUUUAAUUUUCCAGACUUUCGGCGCGGCUCAAAACUUACACUUCCUAUACUUCUAACUGUAUCGUGUUUGAUCUGAAUUAUUUUUGUAAUUCGUACCAAGUUUGUUCUUUUUUGCAAGUCGGGUUACAAAGAUUUUCAAAAAAGUGCCCAGCGUUGAAUAUUUGUGCCCAAACCGUGCCUAAACCGUGCCAAAACUGUGCCCAAACUGUGCCUAAAGUGUGCCUUAGCAAUAUUUAAAACGUGCCUUAACUGUGCCUAAAGUGUGCCUAAUCUGUGCCUUUGCAUGUUUUUUUCCCGUGCUUUGGCACAAAAACCGUGCCUUUUCUGGAGCGCGAAUCGUGCGUAAGGCACGGUGUUACGCUCGUGUACACCAGCAGCGUGCGCCAAGCCACUUCAAAUUGUUACUAUUUCAAAGAAAUGCACUUGGGUUGGAGCCUGCCAUCAGUUGAAAAAUGAGUAACGUGACUGCAGAUAACUUCCAAAAAACAUGUAACUUCUAUGGGUUGACACCUGAGCCUGUGAUAGGGUCAUGUGAUACUGGUCAGUGGAAACCUUGUUUUGACAGCUGUCAAUUGAUGAAAAAAUGGAUGUGCAAUAUCAGGUAGCAGGCUCCCACACAAGUUAGAAGGUGUGAGAUUUGACACCGGUUACCAUGUGGUAUGGAUGGGUGGACGUACAGUCACAUGACUUUCAAAACUUUUUGGAUGGAUAGAUAAGCAAAUUGUCUCAGCUAAAGGGCUUCGUGCAUGUAUGGAGCUCUGCUAUUACUUUGUUAUGGUACAAUUUUAUCCGUGGUACAAAUGAUAUUUUCCUUGUUCAAACUCAUAAUCAUACCCCUAAAAACUAGGGAUACAAUUAAACCUCAGCAUGUCUUUGUUAACUGUGUGUAACGUAUUGAAGUGUGUUUUCCUAAAAAUAUAAGAUGUAAAAAAAAUUAUUCAGAAAUAUGGUUUUGCUGUAGUGAGUGGUUGUUCUCUUCUUCAUCACUCCUCUGAUAAGACACAGCCCUGCUUGUACUUAACUAACGGGGACUAUCCCAAAUAUACACGUUUAAACCAUGCUUAAAACAUAACUACUUUAAUGCUAGUAGCAGUACAGUAGUGUCAUGAGAUUUAAGAGUCUACUCAUGAUCCGUUGGCUAACCCAUCCAUAUAUAACUGUGGACUUACUAAACCUACUAAGUGAACAGCUUGGCUUGGCCCGAGUAAAAAAGCAUUAUAUUUGCAACUUCCGCAGCAGGGUACACUGUAAGUUUGGUUGUUGCCAUUGCUGGACACUUGCCCUCGUGGCUUGGUGAACAUUUUAUUUUUAUUUCAUCACUUGAGGCUCAUCAACAUGGUGCCUCCAAUUGUUUGUGAAAGCCUCAUCAUUAGUGAGAACUACAAGGUAAUCUUUUGUCUCAUUUUAUUUGUACCCUUUGCUGAUACCAUUGUCCUUGGUAUUAGGCUCCCUGUGAAGCAGAAGCUCAAUGUGCAGCCUUGGUUAAAGCAGGAAAGGUAUGUGCUUUAAAGGCUCAUUCAACCCAUCUGCUUCUUGUUUUGAUAAAUACUGCCGAAAAUAUCUCUUCUGAAAGCCUAAUAGACUCCGAUUAUACUGGAGCUUUUCCUCCUUAUUAAGUUAACUGUGAUUUUACAAUGCUUUUGGCGAGCAAGAACGGCCACUUAACAGGUUAUCUGAAACCUGUAAAAAUUCAUUAAAUUAGCAUGUCAGCAAGUAGGCCAUCCUCUAACUAAAACGAAUGUGGAAUUAUUAUUCUUAUUUGCUGAUAAUACAAUAGACUGCAAGUGUAAAAAGCUCACUAUUUGUUGAAAUUUACCGUAUUUUCUGUCCACGUUGAUGUACGCAAUAUCAGUAACCCAUAUUUACAGUGAUGUACUGCUUGAUAUUCUUAAAUUUCUUAUAUUCCUUACUGCUGGUUAGCCCAGUUGGGAGAGCGCUAGUCUGCCGAGUGGGAGUUCGCGGGUUCAAACCCCAGCCGGACUAACCCUCAGGGUCUUAAAAUAACUGAGCAGAUUGUGCUGCCCUUAAAAUGACGGUUAGACUUUCUAGUCUUCUUGGAUGAAAAACCGUAGGUCCCGGCGUCACAUAGCACUUUCGCUUAUCUUUUUCUUGUGGGACGGAAAAGAACCCAUACUAAGUCUUCCUUUUGAAAAGAGUAGGCAACGUAGACCAGGGUAGUGUGGCCAACCUUUCCUGAGUUGGGUGGGUUAUCUGUGAGGAGAGAUGUUAACAGGGACCUUAAGCAUCGACAACGAAACGGACGACGACGACGCUUCGGAACCGAGGCAGACUGCGCCAAGGGUUUCGUUUUCGGCGGGGAAAACGAAGUUUAACCAGUGCAGCUUCCCAGACAGACGACGACUUUUUCUUUAAGAAGAACUUUGUCUUUGUACAGUUUUGUUAUGGCAUUCAAUUACCUCUGUAAUUUGAUGGUUUAAUCGACGAUGGCGAAUUUAUUGUUCUUUACGACCUCGAUCAUUCGAUUUUGGAGGCUUUCGAUUCUCUUCGUCGCGCAGCUUUUGUUUUUGUUUUCAAGUUAAAAGUGUAUACCCAUCUUAAACAGCUCUUGACUUGCAGUUACGCCAAAUUUCGGCUGCUGAAAAGAAUUAAGUUUUGCUGCAAUGUUCUUCCAUAUUUUUCCUCUCUCAGGGUUCCUCAUAGCCACAUCAUGUUCCAGAGUCCACUGGAAAAUAGUUGCCUUUACUAGCGGCUAAAAACAACAUAGGAAAUAAUCAAAUUUUAAUUUAGUAAGAAAAAAUGAAAAUUUAUCCUAUAGUACAACCUAGAAUGCACGAGUAAACAUACACCGUAAGGGAACAAACAGCAUCUAAUCUAAAAGGUUCGGAAGAUAGCAGGGGAAAGCUUACUUGUUUUUCUGACUGGUUGUUCCGCCAUCACUCAGGUUUUCAGACAAACCGAACCUGGAAAAUCAAUUCAAGUUAGCAGGCGAAGAAAUCGACGAAGUGCUUAACAUUUGGAUUCUGCAAAUCCACAAAGAAUAUAUUUCUACUUUUACUUAAUGACAAGGGGGGGGAAAGAGUGAUGUACACGCAAAAAGUAUUAGUUUUAUACUUACGUUUUAUCGACGACGGCAAACCUCCCUGAAUUUCGUCGUCGACGCAGGCUUGACGACGUUUAAUCUCGUUCCCAGAGGCCGCGAUCCUUUUGUCCAGCGGAUUGUCCCAUCCGCUGGACAAAAGUAACGGAGGCUCUCGGGACGAGAUUGGACGACGUUUUGACAACCUUACGCAUGCCCCGAAGGUUCGCGCGGGAAAUUUCACUUCCGGUGGGCGUCGUCGUCCCAUUUCGUCGUCGAUACUUAAGGUCCCUAAUAUGGGGAUAACCUCAUGAUCCUCCUUCAGGUGUUGUAAUGACUACCUGUAAACAGUGUAUGUAUGUAAUUAUGGUAGGGUAUCUUAAACUUCAAUCCAUUUUUCAGGUUUAUGCUACGGGAACAGAGGAUAUGGACGCCCUCACUUUUGGUUCAACAGUCCUUCUGCGACAUCUUACAUUUAGUGAAGCUAGGUUUGUGUCUCCUAGAUUUACAUAAGUGUUAUUUCAAAUUGUCUUAGUUUUUACAAAAAUUGACAGCACUAAUACAACUUUGUCUGUUAUUCCUUAUCUUUGAUUUCGGUGUGAGCAUGGUCACUUAGGACUCAGACCUUGCAAAAUGCUCGUAGUAAAACUGUCUGAUGCUCUGCACCACCUGUGAGAAAGGUUUGCUAGGUUAACUUUUUUAAUUGACACUCAGAUUUGAUGUUUUUACAGUGGUUAUUUUUAUUACUAAAUACAGGAAAACUCCCAUAAGAGAAUUUUAUUUGGAACGAAUUCUUGGUGAGCUUGGACUUUCCCAUGAUGAGGUAAGAGCCGCAAAUCUUAAUCAUUUUGUUGAACAAUUUUGUUUCAGAUAGAACUAAAGGAAAUUGUCAUGUGUCUUUGUACACAUGUAACACCAAAAUAAGAAUUACACUAAAACAUGAUGUUAAUUAACUUGUACUUGCUUAUGACUUAAGGCAGAAACCCAUAAGUUAUGAGUUUCUGCUUAAGGUUAAUAUUCGUCAGAAGUAACAUUAAAGGUGUUCGUUUUUUCUUGGCGCUGCAUACGAAAUUCCCUAUUAGUUACCAGUAAAAACACAUUGACCACACGAACAGUGGAAAUGUUGUGAAGUCUCCAAUUGUCAAAAAAAAAAUCGUCAUUUGUUUACCGACAGAGCAUUCACGAAACGUGUCCGUGCGUUUAAGAUUGAACUUGAAUUUGAAAGUGUUGGUUUUUAAGAAGAGGGUAAAACCGAAGUACCCGAAGAAAAACCGCUUUGAGUUAUCAAACCGAUUUAACACACUGCAGUUGAACAAAACAGUUUUUAACUUAGUACAUUCCUCCGUUCUUUUGCAGUUUAUUGAUCUUUGUAUACUGUUAGGAUGUGACUACUGUGAUUCCAUCAAAGGUACGAAAAGAUUCUUGUGUAAUAGCUGCAUUUUGCUUGGGAUCGUACGACCAAGAACAUGUUAAUUGACACCAAGAGAGAAUGAGCUAGAUUAUUCUCUCUUAUUGACACUUUAUCUGUAUCCCUCUACCUUUUUUAAAAUGUUUUGUUACUUAAAGAAUUGCCAAAAGCUGUGCCUUGAUGUGCUUCUUUCUUCAGGCAUUGGACCAAAAAGAGCAAUUGAUCUAAUCAAACAAUACAAAUCUAUUGAAGAAAUCGUGAAACACAUUGAUACAAAGGUACGUUUGUUUCAGUACAGAUCAGCAUUAUAUCUGACUGUAUAACGGCAAACUGUAAAGAAUAGUGAGGGAGUUGAUAGCAACAUUGUAUAAGAGAAUUAAAGUUGAUUUUGCCUCAAUUUUUCAGAAAUACCCUUUACCUGAAGAUUGGCCCUACCAGGUAAUGUGUCGCUUUUUUAAGAUGUAAAUUAUAAACAUGAGCUAACUAUGAUGUAAUGUCAGCGAAAAGCAUAAAAGACCAAUCGAUACAAGAGUACAUGUAUAAAGGUUUUUGUUACCUAUUGUCUUAAUACUAGCUACGAGUUAACUGUAUAAACUCUGUCUGGACAGGAAGCCAGGGAAUUGUUUAAAAACCCCGAGGUUGCUAAAGUGGAAGAUGUGGAGGUAGGCAGCUUUAUUGAUUUUGUGCUCCAGUAUGCUUAUUAUUGAACGUUACUGCAUUAUUACACAAUAAAGAGAAGGAAGCGUUUUUGCAGUAGUGUGAUGUCCUCAGGUUAUGACAGUGACAAUGUAAUCCAAAUACAUUAUGCCUUACGUAUGUUAAUGGCACUGUCUUGCACUUGUCUACUUAAUUUAAGUGCUCUAUCAAUUCCUAUUCAAUUUUGAUAGAUUGAGGGGCCAACAAUGUUGGGAGCUGUAGCGUCCGUUUGCACUUAGCUAAAAGUUUGACCGGUUUCAAACUUUGCGCAACAACUACUAACAACAUGCAACAGGGUGUGCAAACGGAUGCAACGUGUAACAUCCAACAAUUCUGGGCGUUCUUGUUUACCAACAAUGUUGCGUCUGUUUGCACGGGGCUUAAUGCUACAAAGUUUUCUUCACCUUAAUGACUGUUUUCUCUCUUUCACAAUAACUGCUGAUAGGUCGAGCGCUUUAGUCUUUGAGGGUAUAGAUUAUGGAAAGCACUUAAUGAUAGCGUAUUUUGACGACGCGGUUGAACUUUCAAUGUUAUUGUAUUGUUUUUAAGAGGAUAAACAAUUGUAAAUUGUAGCCAAUUUGUUAUAAAGUCAACCCUCUUUGCCUUCUUAAACGUAUAGGCUUUAUACUUCUUUUUUUUUAGUUUGAAUCUUAACAGGUUAAAUUAUUUUACUUAUUGUGUAUUUAUAUUCAGUUGAGGUGGGAAGCUCCUAAUGAAGAGGAACUAGUCAAAUUCCUUGUUGAAGAGAAAGGCUUUAGGUUAGCAGAUAAAUAAUGUAGCCAGCUUGUCAAAAGCACAGACAAUUUAAGAGAUGAGAACAGUUUUAAAGACCUACAUACCACUAGUCAAAACCAUUACCGCGUGCACUGUGGUGGUCUAAAAACGUCCUAUCAGAAUAAAAGGCCGAGAAAGGUAACAUGCCGAAACAAUUGAGAGUUCAGUUUAGUGGGGUUUUUUUGUUAUGAUAAACUGAGCGUUGCACAAACGGUACCCAUCAAUUAACAAGAGGAAAAAUACUCAGUACAUAACGUAAAUACUACCAAAUUAAAUUUUAGCGAGUCGUGUUAAAGAAGGCGAAAUCAUAGCAUGGAAUGUAAAAUGAGUAAAACACUUCAACUUAUUGUGAACCCCAAAGAAAUUAUGGUAGGAACUCCGGCCUGUAAUUUAUGCGCUAAGGCUUCCACAAUUCAGGUGGUAGAGCGUGUCUAAUGUAGAGGACUUGGUUUCUAACAUCGUUCGAAUCUUUGUAUUUAUGAAACCUGUCAUAGUUUUCUUCUACAUGUCGUGAAACCUCUCGUACUUUACAGCAAAUGUUUGGGAAUUGAACCUCAUUCACCCUGUUUUAGUUCACUGAAACAUUCAAAGAAGCCCCAAAGGGGAAAGGAGCCCUUGCGUAAAUACCGGUCAGCCCUUCAAGGGUACAUUUUAGGUGCAUUUAUUUUUAGUGGGCGAUAACACGUGCCCUUUCUGAGAAAUUCCUUAUUUGUUGUAUUUUCAAACGAACUUCUUUAUACAGUCUUUGUAAGUUCGUCUAAUUAAGUGAACUUGUUCUCAAAAAUAGUUUUUGAUUUUUGUCAUCCUCAGCGAAGACAGAAUACGAUCAGGAACGAAGAAGCUCGUGAAAGCACGCCAGGGAUCCACACAGGGAAGACUGGAUUCGUUCUUCAAAGUUCUUCCCUCACCUACUUUAGCCAGCAAAAGAAAGGUAAACCAAAGCCAAGUAUUGUAUUUUAGUUGGUGAUCGAAAUUCUUGUGGAGCAGAGAAGAGAAUAAAGAGAAUAGUCCCUUAAGUUGUUGAGCGUGGUGUUUCAAAGUCUUCUUCUUGAACCUCUGUUGGCUGUUUCUGUUUUUCUCUCUUAAUUGCGGACAUUGUUUGUAUAAAGGAUUUUGACAAGUCACAUCGAGAUUGGAAUCUUUCUGGGUUUUAAUUCUGAUAAAAAGGCAUCUUUAAUUUUAUCAGUGAGGAAUGACACAUAUAGAACAAACUUUAUUAUCAGAGCAUUCUGUGUUGUCAUGAGACCCCUGACAUGUGAAUGUCUCUUUUUUACUUUCUCUUCAGAGUGAAGAAACCAAAGGCUCAAAGGCCAAAAAAGCGAAAUCAGCCGCUGGUGGAAAGUUUAAGAAGCCCAAAUGAAAGAUAAUGGACUACUAACAUUAACCAAAGGAGAAACGUUGGUCGCUUUUACGUCUUAAAAUACUAGUUCUUCCUAAAUUAGAAUAACUGCAAAGAGGAAAACAAUUAUAACCCCCACUAGUACAAAACAUUACCAGCGCUCCAAAAAAGCAUAUUUUGUGGGUUCUCUGGAUUAUUUGGAGUUGUUUUAAUCACGCGUUUUGAAUGCUCACUGUAAAGCCUAAGCAGAGCCCCUCAAAUUCGUACCGUCUCCGAUACUGCUGUCUGUUUUAAAUGUAUUAAAAAAGGAGUAAUUCUCCCCGCCACUUUUGCCAUUUGCCGAUUUCCUGUGGGUGAAACACACUUUCAGAUUACAGAGGCCGGGCUGUCUGUGAACACUGUAAAGAAGAAUGUUUACUGUCGCUGGACAAUAACAACAGUGCACUUUAUUUCAAGUCCAUGCGUGGUAUACGUGAAGCUUAAUUGCCGUGAAAGUUGUGUUUAACCUUUCCGUUAGUGCGUCUAUUGAUCAAUCAGGUUGAACACACCUAAACUUGCACCAUCGCAGCUUUAACACUUCAUUAACUUUGGCCCAUGAAGAACUUGCCAGUACCCGGAAGCAAGAUGUAAGGUACUGAAAACUAAACCCUAGGAGGGAGACAAACAUGGGGUUCUUGCAAUGCCUCUGCUCAAUUGUUUGUGCAGUUUUUGUCCAAAAAGGCUAACCUCGAUAUAUGUUACGUCUCAUAAAACUAUUUCCUAUUUUUCCUGUUUUUCGUUUGUUUCGUGCGAGGUAUGUUUAGUUUAGCGGAUAUUCUUCACAUAGCAUGUGCCAUUCCUCAAGCGGUAAUUUUGCUGUUCUUGCUCUGUUUUAUGCAGUGGUCCGGUUAUUUCCUCUCUUCAAAACGUUUGAAAUCUUCCGCCAUUUUUCCCCCGUCUUACUGAGCUACUGCGUCUUCUGCUGCCCCUGUCGUGUAGUACAAUUGUCGUGAAUUGUCUUGAUAUCGGCAAACCUGUUCCAAACUUGGUCAAUGUUCGCUGUUAUGAAGAGUUGUUGGGAAGAUUUAAGCAAAUCAGGUACGGGGAAAUAUCUUGAAUAUAUAAUAACGAGUCUUAGCAAGUUAUAAAGGUAAGGGAAAAAUAGGCAUGAUGUGCCUCUGUAAUUUUUUUUUUUUUUAACUUUAAGGAAACUCGGAGUCUGCGACAAAACUUUCUCGCAAAACGUAUCUUUUUAUGCGUUUGAAAUAAUCUCUUACAAAAGCUCUUUCCCAAAAGACGGAACAAGAGAGACUAAAGACAACCAGGAUGUCUCUAAAGCGACGUUUACAGUAACAUGGAGAUGAGCUCUCCGGGAAAGGGUCAACUAUAACGAGCGUUUAUAUGGGAGAAGACGUUUACCACUUUGCCAUAGCCAACGGCGCUGGCGCAUGCUCUGAUUGUCUUGCCUUGACUGAGUUGACCUGACUGGUAAGAUCUUGGUACGAGUUUACCUGAAUGAGCGAGCCAAAGUGGUUAUACAGCUAUUUCGAGAAAGGUUGUCGGAAAAAGUGCACGCGGCAGUCCCGAAAGGUAUUGUGGGUGGUUUUGAGUUCGCCGUUCCUCAAAGAAAUUUGAAAGAAUGGCACAAGAGGC